CAAAUGGGAUUCGAAGUUACGGACGAUGAGCUUAUACGAAUGUCCACUUCGGAGCUGAGGUUACUGCUCACAAAGCGCCAGGUCACUGCCGAAGAACACAGACAACUUCGUAGUCGUAGACGUCGUCUUCAAAAUCGUAAAUACGCCAGAAGGUGUGCCCACAAAAAAUUGACUGAGGUUGAGAAUCUUACGUCAGAAGUCGAGGAAGAGACCUCCGAACUCCAGGCCCUUCGACGUCAGUUGCUUCGUAUUAAUUUAACUACUCAACGUCUUCAACACCAAGCCACCGGAUUGGCUCGCUUUCGACUUAGCCUCCAGUCCGAAGAUGAAAAGCAGCCAACCACACAAGCUGUUCGUAUGCUUUUGGCAAACGGCAAAACGAUCGGCUUUGCUCAUCCUACAGAAUGUGCCUCACAUACACCCAGUCCAAAGUCGUCCCCCCCACUUCCUUCAUCCAGUGUUUUAGUCGGGUCUACUGUAACCACUUCUCUAGAUCCUGUUCGGACAAUCCCCUCAUUCUUGAAAUCACAUUCAGCUUUCUCCUCCUCCCUUUCCCACAAACCACAACCGGGCAUGCCUGUUCAGUUGGCAGCUGGCUUGGGAAUGCCCUCCAAUCAUAACCCAUCUCCAUACGCGUGGUCGUCAUCCGGCACCGAUUCACUCAAUUCCCGUCUUCCCAUGCGCCUCGUACGUCCUGUUGGAUGUGGUAUGGUAACGAAUGGUCGAAACGGGGCGGAAUACUAA